CGUGACCGCACAACAAAUAAAGCUGCAGGCUGAAACUCAGCUGAAACUUCACUCAGGAAGGAGGGUUGUAGAGAUAAACGCUCCGCGGAGACACUCAAUGAAAGGUAAGAACUACUCAGACUUGUGUGACACAGUGAGUUUAUCUUGAAACAUUGAGAAGUCGUCGGUAAACUCCGUUGAUAGUUUGUGUCACCGACAUCCAGCGCUGUCCACGUGGGCAGUGUAGUAUCCUCUGUGUACGAGGCUGUGUGGAGUAAAGUUAAAGUUGGCCCCAAAGCGGCUCUUUAUUCCACUAACACUGUAUUUCAGCAAAAAGCAGCUAGACUCUGUCGCUGGUGAUUGAAGGCUUUUGAGGAAACAUCUUGACAAAACACAGUAAAUAGCCUGAGUUUCUCAUGAUAAAACCAAAACUCCGGUUUUUUUGUACUACAGUAGUCAGACAAGUUUUAGUAAUGACGCUGGCGCCUCUUCCUGACACACACGCACGUGCUAAGUUUGUAAUAUGAGCUCGUGGUUAAAAGACUUCGCUAACAUCAUUCGUAGUUAAUUGUUGCCCUUUAUUACUUUACUUAGAUAUGUCAGGUCCUGUAUUUGUAAUGUGACAGUAAAGGCGCCUACAAGUAAAAUACUACCAAGCAGUACAUUUAUUUUAUAAAGACCCAAAAAGCUGUUUAAAAUAGUGUACAGUUUAUUCACUCUGCUCACCAGCUGUGUUAAACACCGAUAAACCACCCAUUUUUAUGUUUAAUGGUUAUCAUGAUGAGUAUGUGAUGACCAGUAAUAUUGGUGUGGUGUUUUUACAAUAGAAGGUUGUAUAGGUUUGCAAAGAUAUCUCACAAAACUGAUGAAACCAAGUCCAACCACAAACAUCUGUCAAGCACGCAAGUGCUAAUUUUGUAUGAUGAGCUCAUACUUGACAGACUUAGCUACCAUCCAUUGUUGCCCUUUAUCACAUUUACUUCACUUACAUGAUGUCUGUUUCUCUUUUUGUGAUGUGACAGUAAAGGCGCCCAUAAAUAAAAAUCCAGUUACUUUAAUUUUAAUUUUUUCAAUCAUUGUUGUUAGCCUAUUUUUACCAUACUAAUAAGCAGUACAUUUAUUUCAUAAAAACCCAAAAAGCUGUUUAAAAUAGUGUGCCAAUUUAUUCACUCUGCUCACCAGCUGUGUUAAACAACGAUAAACCACCCAUUUUUUUGUUUAAUGGUUAUCAUGAUGAGUAUUUGAUGACCAGUGAAAUUGGCGUGGUGUUUUUACAAUAGAAGGUUGUAUAAGUUUGCAAAAAUAUAUCACAAAACUGAUAAAACCAAGUCCAACCACAAACACCUGUCAGAACCUCUUGUGUAGUGUUUUAUUUUGAACUUUCCUCCACUCUCGCACACCCAUGGUAAAGUUAUUAGUUCAGCCCUUAAUUCUACAUUAAAAUAUGACUGGUACCUUAUCUUCAGUCCAAUAUAUUUGGAGUACUCUUCUUCACAUUGUUUUACAUAACAUUAGUUACUGUUUCAUGGAGAAAAAAAGAGGAAACCAACAAAAUGACACACCUCUGCAGCUGAUUGGCUGACAUCUACCAUGUGACUGUGAAAGGUGCUGACAGUCCGCUAACUAGCAGAGAAGAGCUCUCCUUUCACCAGUCAAAAACAAGAAUUAUGACUCUAUUUUAUGUUUUUUAUGUAUUCAGCCCUCAAGGGUUAAUAACUUAUUGAGAAAUGUUUUCAACACUUACCUCUGUUGAAACAGCCAGCCAGCCACAACCUGAUUCUUGUCAACAGGGGUCAUCAUGCUUGCAGGACAACUUUUUAAUGCAGUAGCUGCACUUUUGCUUGAGUACACUAUUUUACUACUCUUACCACUCUGGUGCAUACGUUGACCAUAUUUCUGUUUGGUUGGUUGGUUAUCUCUGUCUAAAGGUGACAACUUCUGUUUGAUUUACUCAAAGUAUUGUAUGUUUUCUGCUCUUCAAACAGGAUCAUGUCCCCUGCUCCAGCAGAUCCGUUGGAGUACAAACCCCUGGAUGGCGGUUGGGGCUGGAUGGUGGUGAUCGGGGCCCACAUUUCUAUUGGGUUUGCCUAUGCCACACCCAAAGUCCUCUCCAUAUUCUUCAAUGAGAUCCAACAGGACCUGGGAUCAAGCUUCAGUGAAAUAGCAUUGAUUUCAUCUAUUAUGCUAGCUGCUAUGUAUGCAGGAGGUGAGCUUAUUGAAUCAAUGCUUGUUAGGUUGGUCCACUCACAAGGAGAAAAAAAAUCUUAACAAUAUAAGUAGCAUCCCUGUAAAAAAAACUUUGCAAAACACCAUAAUAAGGUGGAAAAACGAUUUGUCUCAGACUCUUCUAAUUGACUUAUUACUUUAUUACUUUCUAGGGAAGUUGGGGAAGAUAUUAAUCAUAGAUCUAAGCAAAUAGGGUACAGGUACUAUUCACACAAGAUUAGUAUAACCUGGGUACCCCAGGUUAACCUACUGAAAAGUUUUUGACUGAAAACGCAGAUGAAAGCCCUUUAUGUCAUAGCAUGUGUAUGACACACAGUAAAGCAGUUUGUAUUAAGGUCAGCCCCUCUUUGUUUGCAGUAGUCAGGGAUAUUUAUUUCACAGUCCAACUAGGUGGAUUUCGAGCAACAACAAAUAACAGAAAUGAAAAGUAUGAUAUUUUAUGUAUAAGGCCCAUCCCCCUUUAUGAAUUUUAUACUAGAAGGCAAUGUCAUGCACCUCGUGUUUUGUUGGCGACAUCGCCUGAUCAUACCCAUGCUGUUAGCAUUACACACACUUUUGAAAGAUAGCAAUUGUUCUCCAGAGCAUGAACAUGCUGCAAAGCAUGUUAUCUGUCUAAUCACUCAGACAUCCGGAUCUUAAAAUGGAUUUUAGUUCGCUCUUUCUUCAAAUUGGUCUUUGUACUGUGUAGCAAAAUGAUGCAGCUGAAUUUUGCCAUCGAACUUUCAUUUAAAAUGUCCAAAGCAGCCUCCAUCAUCUUUGACUACAAAGUGGGGCAGAAAAAAGCUACAGGGACUUUCUUAAAAGGAGUAGCCAACCCAAGUUACGGAGAUGGCAGACUGAAUGAAUAUUUCAGAGGACCCCUGCGUGCCCUGAAAUAUGGUAUGUGAUUUGGCCCAGAAUUUUGCCUUUACAAGUUUUAGACUUUAUUCACGUAAGAUUAAAAUCAUAGAUGUCUUUGGCAAUCAUUUCAAAUGAACAGAGGUACCCUGGUGUUACCAUUUCAGAGCAAACAGGGUUGAAGUUGCACUGCCUGAAGUCAAGAUGAACCUAUUACUAGUUAUUAGUAUUUAUCUAACUGCCAGUUUUGUGAUUGGUGGACAGCUGGUUUUACCUCUGAGUUACAGCUGCCGUUUGUGGGAUUGUUGAUUCAACAACAUAGUUUUGUUGAAUUAAUUAUGGUACGCACAAUUUAAAAAGGUGAAUGUUGUAAAGGACAGAGCACAUGCUCUUGAUACACCACAGAAUAGACUGAACUAGUUUCUUGAAAAAGGAAAAAAACUCAUUUUUUUCUGAAAGAAUACAUACUUGAACAUUUUAUUGAUUUUUCAUUUUUUGAGUGACUUGGUCACGCUCUGUAAGGCUCAUUUCAAAGUUAAAAACUGUCCUCUCUUUACAGACUUAGCGUGUAAUUGAUUUAAAGCUUUACAUCAGCAUUUGCACCAAGAUGUCAUAUGAACAGAUUUCUAUCAUAGCCAGUAAAGAUGUGUGGUAAUCAGUGCGGUGUGAGGUCACACUCAUCAGCUCUCUUUGCUUGAAUGGCUGUUUCUGUCUUUUGGUCUCUUUGGGUUGCGUAUAGUCCCCUUAGGGUUCUUACACACCUCAUUCACCAACAAAAUGUAAUACUGAUAAACGCCUGCCGAUUAAACACUCAUUAGUUUGUACCAUAUCUUCUGUUGAAAUUGAACGUACCAAGAAAUCUGCACUUAGUGGCUUUCUGUCUGCAGACCCACAAGCCUGUGUGAGGGAGAAUAAGUGAAUACUGCUUUGUUUUUUUGACUUAUCCAUUCACGUCUUGACUCAAGUGGUUUCUAGUUUUAGUGGAACUACAAAAGUGAUACUUUCCUCUAAAGAGAGCAACUGUGCAUUUUUUGACCUAGAUAGAUAAUUGCUAAAUAGACUUCACAUGAGUAACUCUACUCACUAACAUAGCGUUCUUAAUGAAGGGAAUGUCAUAAACAGAUAUAGUGUAGCUCACAUGACAUAGAUUUGACUGCCCACACAGAUCUAAUUUACUUCCAGUUUUUGCUUUUCCUCUUAACAGCUCAGGCUGAACACACAGUGUAAAUUCAUGCCUGGAGACACAAACUUGGCAUCAAAAAUAAUUUGAAGAUGAGUUUUGCUUGUCUUCUUGUGCACAGACCUGACAUGGCAUGCACUCCCCUUUUUUUUCUUUUGUAUAUUUGCAUCAGAAGGUCAAAAUGUUUUCAUGACCUUCUCUCCUUUUUACUCUCUCAUUGCCCGUUGAUUGCAGAUUAAACACGUUUAAAACAUUUUGCUUAUAGCUGUUUUUCAGACAUAGUGAUUGGAGGCCUUCAUGUAUACAAGACAUUCAAAGAGAAGUGACAGCGUGUUAUGUGAAGCACAUGGCAUAACUCCACAUGGUAAUGUGAAAAACCUGUCUGAGUUCUGCUUAAUGUGUAAUUUGAUCAGUUGUCUCUACCUAAUAGACUUCUCGUAAAGUGCCUCCUGUGUUUUGUUGUGCUUUUAAACUAUCUGAACUGAAAAGCCUUCCUGGCCUUUGCUGCACACUGGCAAUAUUUUUUAGUUCUUAAAAGCCAAAACAAAUGGUGAUGCUCUCUUUCUUGGAAGGUUCAAUUUAUUACUAUUCCAAUAAAAGGACAAAGUAUAAACUUUUGUCAAAGUUGGGCUUUAAGAAAGUAAAAUAAACCAACUUCUGUAACAUUGCUGCGUUCCAAUUAGUCAUUAUCAUAAUACUGCAUAUUUGUGAUGGCUUAUUUUGAAAACAAAACAGUGCAAUAUCGAUUCCUGUCACUGCUUUGUCUGGUUUUGUGCUUUUGAAAAGGUUCAAAGCAUUUGUCUAUGUCUUUGACUUUUGUCUUUGUUUCAAGCAUACAUUAGCAUUGGUGGACAAGUGAACUUUCAGUCCAAGAAAUCUGACUUGACUUAUUCAAAAGCAAUUUUUGGUCUUUUUCCAAAAGUUAUACUGGCAAACCUAUUUGUAACACCAAACAUGGAAACAUAAAAGUCCUAGAAAGGUUUAUCAUGAAUCUAUAAGGAUAUAUUUUCAAGGUUAUGGGACAACAGGGCUUGUGAAUCACCUGCACUCAACUCAAAGUGCCCUAUCUGGUGAAAUAUUCCUUUCCACUGUGGCUCAGGCACAAGACUUCAUCAUAUUGUCCUUGGCAAGGCUUCAGCAAUGUCACCCAGUGGAGGAGAGAGACGGGGAAUAUAUCAGAGUAGGGUUCAGCUCACAGAGGUCUGGCACCGGGUCCCCAUGGGAGGGACGUGACAGCCUUUCUGGAGAACCUCUGACUCAAGAAGUCUGAAUGAUGAAGUUAUAAUGGAAGGAGAAAUGGUGGGAGAGCAGGGGAUGCCCUCUUGUGACACAGCUACAGUGAGAAAGAUGAUCUAUGUUUGACCUACACAGGCACCUGGUUAACUGUAUAAACAGUGGGGGAUAUUUUUAUUACAUGUAGUGUACUUACAGCAGGUGCAGUUUUUGAGGACAGUUUGAGGCUCAGAAUGUGAAGAAAAAAAGAAAUCAAAGGGGGCCUUCCUUACAAGAUGGGCUGUGAUUGAGUUUGACUUUUCCUUUCCUUCCCCUUUUUCCUUGACCUGAUUCAGUGAUGAACCUGAUAACAGAGAUCCAUCUGGGCAAUGCCCCAUAGAUGAUAUUCAGGUUUAUUUUUGUGUGGGCCUAUUAUAUUUUUUUAUUUGUUAGUUUCAACCAGUUUUAUAUCUAUAUGAGACAAUAUUUUUACGCAGAACUCUACACCUUUAUUGAUAUUUCAUUACUUAUUUGUAUGUGACACCAUCAAUGACAUUUUUAAUUUUUUCCGACACAUCUCUACAGAAAGCACAUAUUCCUUAACAGUCUUUUCACGAGCUGCCAUUUCUUACAAGCCCCUCACAACUGAAAAUGCCUGUAGCUUCUGCCCUUUUCUCCUCAAGUGACUUUGCUUGUGUAGUCAUUUUCUGACUAGGACCAAGAGCGUAAGCUUGAAUCUUUGUGAGUCAGAGACGCCUGAUGAUGGAUAUGCAAACUGGUCGAUCCAUCCAACACAGAGAGGUCCGAGUAAAUUGAUCUGCCCGACUAGUUAGAUGGAAGUUUCAGGAAGAGGAUGGAGUUAGUCUCUUUUUUGUCUCAAAAUUUUUACUUAAACGUAAACUGAAAGUGUGGGAAGGAGCAUUUUUUAUUUAUUUAUUGUAAAUUUAAAAGGAUAAUGGCUGAUUGGUUUGGAGGUUAUAGACUUUGGCUACUAGUGUACUUUUUGUAGAUUUUUAUUAAGCACUUUGUGACAACUGUUCUAGAAAGGUUCCAUAAAAAUAAAGUUUAUUAUUAUUAUUAUUAUUAUUAUUAUUAUUAUUAUUAUUGUUGUUAUUAUUGUUGUUGUUAAAGUUCAUAUUGACUGUUUAUAGCAUGAUCAAGGUUAGAGACGAUGUUAGCUAGCCUUAUAAGAUGUUUUUAUUGUAGGUUAAUUUAUAGAGUCUCUGAAGUGGCUGACUUACGAUAUUUGAACAGAUUUUAAGGUGGUGCAGCAGUUGUGACUGUACGGUGGUGGACAGAAACAUAUACCAUGUAUUAUUACUUUACUGCAGUGCACACAGAAUUCUUAUUCUUAACAUUUUGGGACUGACAUGCUUGUCAUAUGUUGUGUCAAUGCCAUAGUGCAGCCACCCGACACUAGCUGGGCUGCAUUUCUUUUACUACUAUGAUAUAAUGCUUGACUUCUUGGAUGUAACCAAGCGCAAAUGAUAGAUACCAUCUUAAAAUAGUGAUGUUUGACAGUUUUAUGUCGGAUUUGUGUUACCAAACUGGCAUUUAAACACUCUACUGAAAAAAUGCAAAAUCAUUUUGCUUUGAUGAUUCUAUUUACCAACAACCAUCAUUAUUUCUUUGUAAAUAACAGGUAUGUUUAAUGUUAUAUACAUGAGUUGCUUCAUCUAAAAAAACCUACAGAGAAUCGUAACACAGGUACCCAUCUGCAACAUGUCAACGCUUAUUCCUCUGGUUCUUCAGCUCUGAGUUUUACUGCUUUUUUUUCUCCAGAUUUCUGCCUCAGUAGUUCAGUACAAGAAAAUAUCCGUUAUAGAAAAACUUAUCAGAAUUACUGGUUAUCUGUAUGACAUAUAUAACUGCAAAUAAUUGAACAUGAAUGCAUGCAAUCUAUGAAGGUUACAUAAGAAGUAUGGUCUACAAAUCCUUUCCUGUGAUACAGUAAAAAGAUAUCUGUCAUAGUAAACAUGCUAUUAAAGACAGAGGGUAUUUGCAAUCAUCUAAUCCUCUUACCGCUCGCUGGGCUGUUUUCAAUUAUCACCACCCACAAAACGGCCGUCCCUCCUCUUCCUGAAAACUGCAGCAAUUUUCAACAAUCAUGGCAGCCCAUAUAUUAGUUUGAUUGAUGCUUUCCCCAGUUUUCUAUAUGAAUCAAAUAAAAUUAAUACAUAUUCAAAUGAUUGAUCUUAUAGCUGGAAAAAUAAAGAGGUUUUCAUUAUAACAUGCCACCUAAAGACUUGGUGCAAUGUCACUCUUUCAGGCAAGGUUAUGGAUGAGGAGAAGAGUGACGGCAUAUAAAACGCUGCUUAAUUGCUGAUUGAUCACUGAGUGUAGAAUUUGACAUUAUCAGGGUUGAGCUUAAUGACUCACCUAGUAGCUUUGCAGUGGAUGCAUAAGUGUGGAGGUCAGUUAGGGGUGUGCAUUACACAUAUGUGCAAAAUGACAAUAAGGAGUAGCUGUGCCACUUAUCCAAAUGCAUGCAGAACCAAAGAGCCAAGAUCCCCAUAGGAGCUGGAAACUUUUGAGGCAUCGCAGCAUGUGUAGUUAUCAUGUUGGCUACAGAAACUGAUGUUUUCUAUACAGUGACUUUCUCAUCAAAUUACCUCAGUACAUACUGUUUUGAGGACUUCUGUUUUUAAAACUUGGGCUCAGUUUUGUGCUCUGAUCUCAAACAGUGGUAACAUGUGAUCAUCAGUGUGUGAGCUGUUAAAGUGAGGAGCAAGAGGGGCCGAACGAGUGUGUGCACUCAUUGAGUAUAGAUGACAUCCAGUACAGUUAACAACCUACAGCUGUGUGUGUUCAUGAGCAUAUGUUUGUGUGUGUGUGUCAACUCGACCCCUCGAAGCUCUGACAUGCAGAUAGCCAAGCAGCAAGAAGAGAAAAAAUGCAGUAAAACCUUUUUUUUUUUAAAGGCAAUAUUUUUGUUUGUCUAUGUGCAAUAUUUUAUCAAGUAAAUCCUAUAGUCUUUGUUCUAUCAGCAAAAUCCCCCAUAAUAACAAGAUGCUAUUUUUGUCAAUAUUUAAAGGUCUUUACUGAUUCCCUAUGCCCUUGAUUUUUACCUACACUGAGAACUUGUGUGAACCCUUGAUCGCUAACUAACAGUAGGUAGCUGAGAAAAGAAUAAAUGUUAUGUUGUGAAAAAGGACAAUUCUGAACUGUCUCCCUGUCCCUCGCUUUGUUUCUCCAGGACCGGUGAGCAGUGCGAUGGUCAAUCGCUUUGGGAGCCGGCCGAUAGUCAUGCUGGGUGGACUGUUGUGUGGUGUCUCCAUGAUAACUGCUUCUUUUGGGACCUCCAUCAUUUACCUCUACUUUUGCAUCGGUGUCAUUGGAGGUACGGUGAAUUAAUCCUUGGUUAAUUUUUUUCACUCUUAUCCUUAUUUUGCUCAAUAACCUGUGCUGCAAAAGCUUCAGCCAGGCUCAUUUGAGUAUAUCCUGUGGACACUGACCUGUGUAGUCGGUAAAUGUUUAGACCUGUUGAAACGACACGAUAAACCGACUUACAUCAUGAUUUGAGUCUGAGGUAUUCCCACCUUCUUAUCACUCUUAUCAGCCCUUGUAAAGUUUCUCCUUGACAGGGAAAGUCUGCACGUUUUUCACAACUUCUAGAAUCUGGUCUAGUGUGCUGUUUAUGUGGGCCCUGGAUGUUCAGCUCCUGGAGAGCAGUCAAAACACCAAGGGGACCAGAACCAGGACAGUAAUUAACACAGACCUGUUUCUGAUCCCAGAGAGCAUGGGCUUGCAGUGGCCUUCUGUACUCUCCCGUAGGCUCCCAUCAUGGUUGUCACAUGGGGGCUGCCUGCCAUCCUGUGAGGCUCAUUACCCCACCAAGGACUGCUGCAGAGGAUUAAUAGGCCCAGCAAGUGGCUGGACCAUGUGUGGGGCCUGGGGGCCUGUGUGUGCCCUGCUCUGCUCCCCUGUGCCCUGGCACACUGACACAUCGGCAUCAGGCAGACACACAGACACGCAGACAUAUGCUUACACAUGCGUGACCAAAUACACACACACACACACACACACAGACAGACCGACUAAAAACUAAGUAGACCCAAUAUUCAUCAAGUGGCUUUUAUUGAGCAUUUAUUAUUAUUAUUAUUAUUAUUAUAUAAAAAUCCAGAUUGAAAGUCCCCUUUUUUAAUUAAAGAAAGCUAUUGGAUAGAUCAACUUUGUUCCAUGUAUAUUUUUGGGUUAUUAUCUGUGUCAGUCCGAUUUGUUUUAUAUUCCUCCAAAAUAACAUAUCCGUAUGUUUUAUCACUGAACUAGAGAACAAAGUGAUAUUGGUAUUUAAAAGGCAGAUUACAGCACCUACACCAAUCUACUUGUACUGCUUCCAUUUGAUGUAAAAUAAAUUGGUAUUAAAAAGUAAUCUGGGGGGGGUAAAAUGGCAGGCAAGUGAAUGUAUUACUCAGGCUCUCCAAUGUGUCUCUACCUAAAUGGAGAAACUAUUUCUGAAAUAAUUCCAGGGUUCAGUAAUGAGAUUUUAGCAAGCAAAAGUGAAUAAAAUCAAAUCCUAAUGAGCGCCAAGCUGGGGAAGUCCUGAUUUAAUUUUAGAAGCACACUUUGGGGUUUAAGUUUAAGGAUAAUGAUAUUGGAUUUUUAACUUUUUUAUUUUUUCUUAUCUACACACAGGUUGUGGACUCUCCUUAAACUUGAAUGCAUCUCUUAUCAUCAUCAGCAAGUAUUUCCUGAAGAGGCGUCCUCUAGCUAAUGGACUUGCCAUGGCAGGGAGUCCGGUGUUUCUCUGUGUCCUGGCACCUUUCAACCAAUAUUUGCUGGUCAAUUUUGGCUGGAGGGGAAGUCUUCUCAUCCUCGGGGGUCUGAUGCUCCACUGCUGUGUUGCAGGGGCUCUGAUGAGGCCUGUCCCUCUGCCUUGCAAACCACCUUCCUAUGCACUGGAGAAGACGGUGGAAGAACAGCCCAACAGCGGGAACACCAAGCUGAAGAAACGCUUUGUGAAGAACGCUAAGAAGUUCUUGGAUUUUUCUCUCUUUAAGGAUAGAGGCUUUGUUAUUUACCUCAUCGGGAGCAUCAUGUUUAUCUUUGGAGCCUACGCUCCCAUUGUAUUCCUGUCAGCCUAUGCUAAAAGUCAAGGUGUGGAAGAAUACUCUGCUGCUUAUCUGCUCUCUAUAAUGGGCUUUGUGGACAUGUUUGUUCGCCCUGGCACAGGCCUGAUUGCCAACAGCAAGUUGGUAAGACCCAGAAUCCAGUACUUUUUUAGCUUCGCCUUGGUUUUCAAUGGCACAUGCCACCUACUGUGCCCACUGAUCAAGAGCUAUGCCUUCUUGGUGGUCUAUGCCGUCUUUUUUGGCAUUGGCUUUGGGAUGGUUUUCGCUCUGAUAUUUGAAUGCCUGAUGGACCUGAUGGGGAGUCAACGUUUCCCCAGAGCUGUUGGUCUGGUCACCAUCAUCGAGUGCUUCCCCAUGCUACUGGGCCCACCUGCUGCAGGUAACUACACGCUCAUCAUGCACUCUACGUAUACAGACAUAAAUCAAUCCAAGUCAGCGAAACACUCAUCUGUGAAUAUUGAGCAUGCACUUGUACUUUGCAGUUAAAGGUUUGAAGUAAUCAAAGGAAUUGAUUAAACUAACAGGAAACACUGCUAGAAAAAUAAAUAGGUUUUUCAAACAAGCUCUUCUGCAAACAAUUCAGCAAACAACUGUCUCUCAGUGUUUAUCUCUGUCUUAGUCUUGUGCUGUGAAAUAUACUGCAGCAGAGCUCAGUUUCCUGCUCUUAUGUCAUUACUGUACAACAGAGCUGGAUUGUCAAUGAAGAAUGAGUUUUCUUCGAGUUGAGCACAAAAAGAAGUAAUUGGUCACGGGUAUUGACUGCUAGAAAGAAAAAAGGCUCCACUUUGUAUUUGUGAAGACCUGUAUGGCAUGUUUACUUUGGGUUUUUGCCUCAAAAUAAAUCAAUGAACACUCAGAAUAUAAAGCUUGAAAGUUAACAUGUGUAUGCUUUUACAUUUACUGCUUUGGAUAAAUGCCACAAAAGCAGAAUCCCAUUUUCUCCAUCUGCUACGCCUGCAGGCACACACCAGUAGGAGUGAGGAGCAUUUGAAGAGGUGUAUUUUUUACACUAAAUGAUGAAUGGUAGUAGAAGGAGGACUAACUAUACAACAAACACAGGAAUGAGACAACCUCACUGAUACAUCCUCUUAUCUUUGACAGAGAAACUUUAUGUCAAACAUCAAGUAGUGGUGCAGGAUAUUAUCGACACAAUAUCAUUACCAAGCCCUAAAAACUGAUAGCAGGUUUACUGGCAGUGAACUUCUCGGUAUAACUUUAAUGCCAGCUGCUUGUUUGUGGUUCACACAUAAUGAUAUUGGAUGUUUGGAUGACUCUACCUGCUCUCCAGUUUGAUAUUCAGAUAUCAAACUUUCACCGAUAGUAUGUGCAUGUUGUGUAAAAAGGGACUUUUGACCUUAUGUCUCCCCCCUGCCAUCUCUGCAUUGAGGCAUAAGAACGAGAAGACAAACCUCUAAAAAUAUUGCCUUACUGCAAAUGAUUAAGUUACAUGUCAUCAUGUCAUGUUCAAAAUUCAGUUUCAUCUGAGUCACCAGCCCUGCAACAGAGGCUUCUCCGGCUCUGUAGCCAUGGCCACAUGUUGUGGUUUAGGCUAGUUAGCUUCUUCUUCUGCAGCUGCCGCUUCUUCCCCAUCUUCUUCUGUUUUAUAGAGCAUUAAAAACCAUUACUCCACUUGACUAUAAACCCCUUAGUUAUAGGGUGUUAUCCUUAUCUCUGGCAUAAUAUCAGUAUUUCAGUUCAUUUUAAAAGAUAGUUAAUACCAUUAUCGGUUCACUAUUUGUAACGUAACCAUUUCCAGAUAAGCCUUAAAAACUUGAGCCUUAUUUCCAAUGUUUUCCCAUGAGGUCAGGACCUCUGUUAUGCUGUGAAUGUUAUAUCAAGGACUGACUCUUCAUCAAUGACUUUUACAAAUGUUCAUAAUAAGGAUUUAUGAAUAUAAAGUUUAGUCAAAAUGACUCAACCAGCCGUAAUUUCCGCCCACUGACAAACUUUUCCUGUGCCUCCCUCCGACCUGAGUUUUAAUGAGGUGGAAAUUUAUUGGCCCCCCCAGUUUGGCCGAUGUGACCCUGUUCCGAGGCACUCAUUUAAUGGGGUAAAUAAGUGCCUCCCUGCACAUCUAACAUCCUCCUCCAGAGGGCACAAUCGUUAUGUCUCCCCCAACUAUCCUGCUUGUUACUGCUCCCCCAAACCUCCGGGUCAAUCCAAUUAGGAGGAAGUGAGGUAAGUGUGUGUAAUUAGCCUUUUGCUUUGGGUGUUUAAUGACGCUCAGUGCAAAUUCUCUUUGAAGUCCUGUACCUGGGCCAUAAUUAAGCUAUGAAUACAUUAAAAAAAAGAGGUCACCAUGCCAGAUGGACCUAAUUACCGUCCAGCCAAUCAAGGACUGCCUUAAUGAGGGUGAUGGUCAUUGGCGCACACACACGAGAUGAACGCUAUCAAUCAGAUGUUACAGCCUGAGUUCAGAUGUCUGAACUGAUUGAAACACAAGGGGUGUAGAGCAGUGCAGCACAUGCACAAACAUCGUUAUUACAAUUGUUUAUGGUCAAAAUUGUAAUCAGUUUAUGAAAUAAACGUCUAUCAAGGAAAUGGACUCUUAAUCAAUUAGAAGGUAAUAAAACAUGUCUGUCGAUGGUACCCUAAUGAGGCCCACCAGUAAGAGUGGAAGACUUUGAAAAGGUUAAAGUGAAAUAGAUCGACCCAGGUUGACAGAAAUAAUUUGUUUUCUGAUCAAAGUCUGCAGUUUGGGGACAAAAAUCGGAUUCUAUGUUUUCCAUUUGAUAGCAUGUUGAAAGCUUUAUUGCUAAUAUCGGUGUCCUCAUGUUCCCAAAAUGAGACUAUUUCCGGUCUUGAGAUAAUUUAUGUUUUUAAUUUUUUAUUGAAUAAAGUAGGGAACAAAAGAUAAAGCUGAAUAAAAAGGGAAGAGUACAGUGAGUGGGGUGACAGACCACCGUCCAUGCAGAAAGUGAGAGAAAUCAAAACACCCAGUGGCAGAUAUCUCUGUAGUAAGGGGGAGGUUUGAAGUGCUGUGACGACUCUGAAAAUACCGGAGGGUCAAACCUGAUCUAAACUACACUUGUCACUUUUCCUGCAGAAUUGGGCUCGGUAUUUAUAGAUCUGGGAUGAACCUUUCUUUGGAUUCGUUUUGGUGGCACCGUCCAAAUUGCUCUCCCCAAGAAGUUGGGGGAGCCAGGACGGGUGAAAUAGCCUUCUGUCGUUUCUGACGUGGCUCUACUCAGAUUGGCCUCUCACUCUCUUACAUUCACAGGAGCCAAGUCUGAGUUUGGUUUCUCUCUUUACCUUCAACUUUGAUUGGGGGCAGAAUGAGGGCUGUAUUCAGCGACAGUUUAACACAUUUUUAAGUGUUGUUUUUGUUCAUACAGACACAAGGAAGCACAAAACAGAACUGAUGCUUGUUCGGUUGAAAUCUAAUUUACUCUCUCCCUCUCUGCACACAGGAUUACUGGUCGAUGUCUAUCAUGACUACAAGUACCUUUUCCUCAUGUGCGGCUCAGUGAUCUUGACUGGUGGGCUUUUCCUCUUUGUCAUGAACAUCUACAACUACCACAUGCUGGAUAAAGAGAGGCAGAAGCAGGUGAGAGCCUCUGAGGUGGAGAUGAAACUCACCCCUCAGGCUGGGACGGGACAAACUGAACCCGAGGCUAAAGAGAGGAACGUAGCUCUCAGAGAUCCAGAGAACACCGAAACAACAGAUUAAUGUGAAUUAAACUGGAAACACUGCUCAAGCACAACGUGUAACUUCAGAUGAGGAAAGCUGAACUAAAUGACACAAAGAUUGUGCCAGUCAAACAUUAACCAGUCGUAAGCACUGUAGAAAUGUCAAGCAAAUAUGGCAACAAUGCUGGUCAUUCCUAUGUUCCCAUCUGCCACUGUUUGUCUGUGUAGUCAAAGUCACAUGUUUCAUUUACACCAUGAUAGUUGCACUAACACACUUUUCAAUUAUUUGUUAUUUUGCCUCAUCAACCAAACACCCAGGCCUAAAAAUAUUGCUAAAUCAAAACUUACUGAUACUGUGCAGAUAUAAAGUUUGCACAGUUCUGCUACAAAAUGCAUAUGAGCCAGAUGGUAAUGCAGUUGAUGUUGAGAGUAUUUUAGCAAAGUAUUUAAAUCUAGAUCUGCUUGGUGCUGAAUGAAAGGUCCGAGUCUCACCCAAAACUUAGACGACAUAUUAUUUGAACCAUAAUGAGAUGACUAAACAACUAACCUGUCAAAGUUUCUUAAUUUGUCAUGCUGGUAGAUUCUUAAGUAAUCUACCAGCGUGACAAAUCAUGAGGUAUUUAACAUACAAUGGUAAGUCCAUGCAUAAAUGUAGUUUGUUUGAUAGGACAUGCAACUCAAUAAAGCAUCAACAGCCAUCAUAAAAAGCCUUUUCAAGUAUGGAUUUCUGGCUAAUUACCUUGAACUUUGAUCAGUAGUUGUCAGGAUAUUCAUCUCAGAACUGUCUUUGACAUUAGCAUGUAGUCAGAAGACUCCGUCAAUGGAAAUCUGAAUUAAUCAAUGGUGGCCUUUAUGGACAUCUUGAAUGGUACUAAAAAGUUCAAAGUCGUACAGGAUGAAAAACACAGAGACCAUAGAGCUCAGAUUGGCCACGGAUAUUUAAGGGCUUGACAUGUUACUGACGAUCGAUUUCAGCCGCCACAUUUAUCAAGACCCGAUCAUACAUAUGCUGGGAUUGGUCAGAUUCAAACCCUUUCAUACAUCUCACAUGUGUACUAUCGUAAGAUGAAUCCUGCACUCAGAUCUGCACUCAGUUCUACACAAGAUUGAUAGAUGAGGGCCGUUAUGUAUUAAUUUUAACAAACUCAAGAGUCAGUGAUUAAAGGUCUCGAAAAUUUGGAAUUUCCCCUUGUGGACUAAUAAAGGAAUAUCGUAUUUUAUCUUAGAAAUUAAACCUUAACAAAUACACUUUUUUCUGUAUAGUGUUCUCAAAGUGUUAAUUUAAGUGUUAUUUUAAUGUUUUUUUUACAAAAACAAAUCUACUUCGUUCUUGUACCACUGUGAAUAAUAGUGCUGAGUUUGCAUAAGUGCGACAUGGGUUAAAAAAAGCUGCACACGUCCCUCUUUGUCAUAUGAUUCCUCAUUGAUUCCUAACUGUCCAUUUCAGGGUUUUCAUACUAAAGCAGUUUAUUUGUUCUUUUGCAACUUUGCAUUACAUUAGAGUAUUUACACUAUGAUCAUAAAAUAAAGUUACGCAUACAAAAUAUGGUGUAGCUUCCAGUAAAAAGAAGAAAGAAAAAAAACAUGUCUCACAGGUUUAAGUCUGUACUUUACCUCCUCUUUCUUCAGUUGUGCACAUACUGUAAAAUAAUGUUACUGUUGAGUCAGAUUGACUAAUAGCUGUUUUCUAAUUUACAUCAGAAAAUACUGUCUUUAAUUUUUAUUUCAGUGUUUUAUUUUACUUGAUAUGAUGUCACAUUUUUUAACUAAUAAAUAUAGUACCUUAAGUUCUUCAGGAGUGUGUUACCUUUUACAUUGACAUUUAGUAUUGACAUUUGUUAUUUGAGUUUGAAUCGACUGUUGCUGAUUUGAUGCUUUAUGUGCACGUUAGUAUGUGUUGAGAGUGCCUGAAAAAGUGGUUACGACAAAUGGUCUAAAAAUAAGCUAUCUAAGCUCUACAUUCAAUGGGGAUGGCACCUCUCUGAAUUCUGUUAAUGAAUAUUUUCUAGUAUUUCUCAAUUGCUAAAACACAUUUCUUGACAUCCACCAUGCUUUUCUGAACACUAUAAGCACCAAAUUUUAAAACUACAUUUACCAAACCUCUGACUCUUCCUGCAAAACCAAACAAUUGCCUCAAAUCAUAUCCCAAGUCAAUAAAAAAAAAUCAAAAUUAAAAUCAAUACUGAGCAGUCAUUACACACUACAUAAACAAUGGAAAGCACAGUGCCCAGGACAUUAAACUUAAUAAAUUAUUGUUCACAGUAGGCUAAAUGAAUUUUGAAAAAAAAAAACAAAAAAAAGGUAAAAUACUGUGAAAAUGAACAUAAAUGAGAAGCACAUUACAGUUCAAACCACAAUAUCAAACAUCACAUCAUUAGCCACAAGUGUGAUCAGUUUUGAGUCGUGUUUAAAAUGUGCACAGUGUGUGUUUUAGUGAGUGAGAAUGUGUUUGCAAGUUGUGUCUAACCAGGAGAAAGGUGCUAAUGGUUUUGCCAAAAGAGUGACUGAUUUAAUUAAUGGGUUCAGGCGACCGAGCUUUUGAUUCAGACAAUAGGGUUUAGUGUUUUAGCAACUGAGAAAUACUGCGAUAGAGUUUUCAUCAAAGGUUUUGUCUGACAGAUACAACUGUGUUACAAUUUCUUACAACCGCUUGAUAUGUGCUGAUGAUAAAAUGGUGAAUUGUUCACCUUUUUUAAAAUGCUGUUGUAAUUUAUAUUGUGUUUUGUGUCAUAUUUCCGACUUUUUUUUUUUUUUAUUAAACCUUUGAAUUGUU